AUGCCUCAGAAUGAGUAUAUAGAACUACAUAGAAAGCGUUAUGGAUAUAGGUUUGAUCAUUUUGAAAAAAAACGGAAGCUAGAAUCUAGGAAGGUUCAUAAGAACUCUGCAAAGGCACAGAAAUUGCGUGGAAUUAAGGCGAAGUUAUACAAUAAGAAACGUUAUGCAGAAAAGGUAACUCUUAAGAAGGCUUUGAAGGUCAAUGAAGAAAAGGAUGGUAAGGAAACACAAUCUGAUACCAUUGCUAAAGGUGCUAUUCCUGCUUACUUAUUGGAUCGUGAAAUUGUAAAUCGUACUAAGGUUUUGAGUAAUAUGAUUAAACAAAAAAGGAAGGAAAAAGCAGCUAAAUGGAAGGUUCCUAUUCCAAAAAUCAAAGCCUUAAAUGAGGAUGAAAUGUUUAAAAUUUUACGCUCUGGUAAAAGAAAGAAGAAGUCAUGGAAGAGAAUUGUUAAUAAAGUUUGCUUCGUAGGUAGUGACUUCACCAGAAAGCCACCAAAAUUUGAACGUUAUAUUCGUCCUACUGGUCUAAGGUUUAAGAAGGCUCAUGUUACACAUCCAGAAUUAAAAACUACAUUUUAUUUAGAUAUUGUAUCUGUUAAGAAGAAUCCACAAAGUCAACUUUACACAACUCUGGGUGUCAUAACAAAAGGCACUGUAUUGGAAGUUAAUGUGAGUGAACUAGGUCUUGUAACCCAAACAGGUAAGGUAGUAUGGGCUAAAUAUGCCCAAGUAACUAAUAACCCAGAAAUAGAUGGAUGCAUAAAUGCCGUUUUACUUGUAUAA